UCUCACACCAUAAGGUGACAGGUUUCUCAGCCGCUCCCCUACAGUCAUAUUAACCAGCCGACCUCUCAGGAAGCAGCCAGCAGUCACCGCGCUCCCGGACAAGGAUUCUGCCAUUUCCUGGAUUUGACCACAGUGGACAAUGCCGGUGCUGAACAUAGCCGGGCUGGUCUGCUCCAGUCUCAGCUUCGUUCUCCUGCUCUCUGGCGCCCUCACUGACUUUUGGUUGGUGAAUUUUGGCUCAGACUUGUUCCAUAUGGGACUGUGGCAAAGUUGUACCAAAAACAUAUGUUUUAAAGUGACGGCGAGCGGUUACCUCAAUGCCACCAGAGGGCUCAUCAUCCUCUCCUCCUCGCUUCUCGUCUUCGGAAUGAUAUUUUCCUGCCUUACAUUUGUCAAGUUUCACAUAGGAAGACUCAGUGCCUGCCUCGCCUCUGCUGUCCUGGAAAGCUUGUCAGCUGUUUUUCUUCUCAUUGGGAUGUCCAUCUACACGUCUAAGACGGCCUCUGCGGUCCUCAACAGUUCUCAAAACUACCAGUGGUCCUUCUACCUGUGCUGGGGCGCCGAGGUGCUGCUCAUCCUUUCAGGGAUCUGUCACUUUCUGGCUCAUCGAUCUACGCCAUUACCUGGGUACGAGUCGGUGUAGACGCUGGUAUGGUCCUUCCUUCACCACUGUGCUCCUUCUCGUCAUCAGCACUCUCAUCAUCCUCAGUAGUAUUCCCAUCAUCCUCUACAGUCUGGUCAUCAUCCAAUUCUACCCCUUUUGCUCUCCCCCUUUAGUAACUUCAGACAUGCUGUGUGGCAAACCACCACCCCUGACUCCAGCAAUAACAGUCAUGAGAUAAGUGGCUGCCUGGCAGCAUGGGCGCUACUUAUCCCAUGAUAAAAUACAAACCAGUGUGCAGAACAGGCUGGCAUCCAGUUCCCAGACUGGCAGUAGAUCUUCUGGCGAGCUGAGGUGAAGCGUCUAACAUGGGGUCACUCUGUACUGGCCAUAAAGGAAGGUCCCUUUAAGGGACAGUAUUGGGCAAUGGCGGGGGCUUGACUAUCCCAAAAAUACAAGAAUAUUACGAUAUUUUUGCAGUUCCCUAGAAGCUACCAAAACACCACCGGUGGAAUGUGCCAGUCCUGAUGGAAUCCCCAGUGCCUGCCAUGCCAAAAUCACCCAGCAGCACGGGCAGCGGCCCUGUCUAAUUAGCCCUCCUGGGGGCAGGUCACAGCGGGUAAAAGUCACAGACAAGCCCCCCGACCCCCAGCAGUUGUCUUUUAUUCGUGAAUGUUGCCCUUAAUUCAUUACUAUUUUUAUUUAAUUUUUUUACUUUACUUCUCAAAAAUGAUCCUCCAAUAAUUUUUUUUCCAUAAAAGGUUUACAUUGGCAACAACGUGUGAAAACAAAAAUUGCCACCAGUAAAGGGGAACUCCGCUGACGCAUCACAGGUGUUAUAAAGCCGUUUCCUCUUUCGUUACAUUGUAUCUUCUUGCACAGGGAUGCGGCCCUCCAUCUUGGCUUGUUGGGAGUUGUAGUUUUGCAACAGAUGAAGGGCCGCAUGUCGGGCAUCCCUUUUCUUGCAAAACUUAAUUUUUUUAUUUGAAACUUGUAACAUUUCAAUAAAGUCGUUUCUCUGCAUCAA